AGUGAGUUCUGCAGUGACAAACCCAAGUCUGGGGCAAAGUAUGGACUUCCAGAGUCGCUGGCUAUCCUGUCAGAGAUGGGAGAGAUCACAGAGGGAAUGAUGGACACAAAGAUGGUACAUUUCCUCUCACACUAUGCUGACAAGAUUGAGUCUGUCCAUUUUUCAGACCAGUUCUCCGGUCCAAAACUUAUGCAAGAGGAGGGUCAGCCUUUAAAACUGCCCGACACUAAAAGGACACUAUUGUUUACAUUUAAUGUUCCUGGUUCAGGCAACACUUCCCCAAAGGAUAUGGAGGCUUUGCUGCCUUUGAUGAACAUGGUUAUUUAUUCUAUUGACAAAGCAAAAAAGUUCCGUCUAAACAGAGAAGGUAAACAAAAAGCUGAUAAGAACAGGGCCAGAGUAGAAGAGAACUUCCUUAAAUUGACUCAUGUGCAAAGGCAGGAGGCUGCCCAGUCCCGCCGGGAAGAGAAGAAACGGGCAGAGAAGGAGCGAAUUAUGAAUGAGGAAGAUCCGGAGAAACAGCGCCGGCUAGAGGAAGCUGCUUUGCGACGUGAGCAGAAAAAACUUGAAAAGAAGCAGAUGAAGAUGAAGCAAAUAAAAGUGAAAGCCAUGUGAAACCAUUGUGGGACACUCGAUCUCAGUUCCCUGUGUAGACUUUUAAUUCACAGGGUACAAAGAACAGUUAAUUUCAUAACCUUACACGUCUUCAAACACUAUUGGCCAUUAAAAGAAAUGCUCUUUGCAUCCACCUUACUUAGCAAUUAAUUUGGGUAUUACAGCAACGUACAGAUAUGUAUAGAGGGUGUUUUGUCUCUACAGCUUUCUUCCAGAUGGUUGGUUGGAUUAUUUUGCUACUUCUGAUGCUUUAAAAAACUCAAAAAACUUGCAACAUCCCUUGAACUCCUUUUGUGAUUUUUAAAACAAAAAAAAGAUUAUAAAACUUUUAAUCUUUACGAGUAACUUUACAUCAGUGCUUUGAUUUUAGAUUUUUAAUGUUACAGGUAAUUUUUUUCACUUAAUUUAGGGGGAGGAAAAUAGCCCUCUCCCAUGUUAGUAAAAUUGCACGAUAAAUACUGGUGUGUUUCUAUAUCUGCAUCAAGCUUGUAAAGGUGCAAAACCUAGAGCUUGCCAUAUAUAGUAUGGAUAUUUCAGGGAUUUAAAACCAGUAUAGUUUAGAAAGAUAACUUUUAAACACAGGGCACUGAAACAGUAUUGCACAAUCUAUGCUAUGGUUGGCAUAAAGAUAAAAGCUGUAGAUUGGUUAGAUAUCAGGGAAUGGCAUACAUGAGCACUGUUUCUUAUCUGUAGUUGUGAAUGUUGAAAGCAUAAUACAAUGUGAAUUCUGUACUUUGUUUCUUCUUCAGAAGCGAAUGCAUGGUGAGUUGGCAACUUCCUCUAGGUUUGAAUACUCUUAGUGUACGAAGUUGCCUCUUAAAUAUUUUCCUCAUUUUGAUGGCAGGUGCUGCCUAUUUAAUGUUCAGCAAGAGGCUAGAUUUGCAAUUAAAUAUCUGUGCAACUUCUCUUUUCCCUAAGCAAGGAAAAAAAAUUUUAGAGGUUAUAUAGCUUUUUUGAUCUGUUGAAAUAGUUAUUUAUUUCAGGAUUUUAAGCUUCAGGUUGGGGGAGAGAUGCAUGUGGAGUUAAGGGGGAAGAAAUGGACACAACUGUACAAGCACACUGCUGCAUUUCAUAGAUGCUUCCUACCUAGAAAGCAUUUUGGUUUUUUUGUAACCUACUUUAUGCAGUUGUUUUUCUGGGCAAAUAAUCUGGGUGUCUUUCUCUCGCAUUUUCUUAUGUGAUGCUUUGAGUAUAUAAUUUUAUUCUGAGGCAAUAACAAUGAGCUGCCGUUGAAACAGCAUAUGCUAAAAGCCUUUGUUAGCGCAUGAGACAUUUUACAGAUUUGAAUGCAAAAAUCUGUAAUUGUGAUAGACAUACAAAUAUAAUCAUUUUAUAACAGCUGGUGAAAAGUAAUUUAAAGCCAAAAAUAGCAUAAAAUUAUGUGUAAUUUUACUCUUUUAGCUCUAUUUCGCUUGAGAGGGUGCAAGUCGUACAGCUUCACAAAGUUCUUUUUAAAGAAAGUAUUAAUUUGUGCUCUUUUGAGUAAAUAGUUCCAUACACUUUUGGGCCAUGGCAGCUAUUUUUGUAAUAUGAACAUUCAUACGAUCGAUCUAUGAAAAGAGUAAAAUAUAACUGAAACAUUC